AUGACUCCUGAGUUGGAGGAUCCCAGUGAUUUCAUGAUUCCUUGUACAGUUGGAAGUUUCGAGUUUGGUAAAUCUCUUUGUGAUCUUGGGGCAAGUACAAAUUUGAUGCCAUAUUUAGUUUUGAAGACUUUGUGGAUUGGACAACCAAUACCCACUUCUAUGAGAUUGCAAAUGGCCGAUCGUAGCAUGAAAAGGUCGUUGGGUGUGAUUGAAGAUGUUUUGGUCCUGGUUGAUAAAUUCAUUCUUCUAGCGAACUUUGUCAUUCAAGAUUGUGAAGGUGAUUAUGAAGUGACAAUUAUUCUUGGAAUACCUCUACUUGCUACGGGUAAGGAUCUUUGUGUUGUUGAAGCCUGA